AUGUCUGGUUCAGAAAGUAGGAAAACCAAUAGGUCAACUGUAAGGCAUGAUUACAAACAAAUAAGUGAGAUUGGAAUUGAAGUCGACACUGCAGAAAAUCCUUUAGGUAUCUCUAGUUGUAUUCCACCAACAGAGGGCGCUCGACCAAGGUUGACAAGUGAGGAUACAUUACAGCUCCUAGAAUGUGAGUAUAAAUCCCUUGUACAAGAGCAAGAACAACUCCAGAGGGAGGCACUCAUCGCUAAGAUGAGGAAAAAGGUGGAUAGGAAGAAAAAAGAGAUAGCAGAACUAAGAGGUGAGAGUAUUUUAGUUGACAACAAAGUUUCUUUACAAGAUUUGAAAAAAGACAAAAAAAAACUACGUUCAAAGGCAAAGAAAACUUUAAAAGAAACAGGAUUAUGUUCCGAAUCCUCAAUUAAUUCGUCAGAUAUAGAUAGUUCUGAGUCGAACAAUGACGAUCCUGUAAAUGAGAAAGAGAAAAACAAAAGUUUGAAAAAACCUGAAAUUGAAGGUGCUGAUUCAGAGUCGGACGAACCUUCAAGUACACAAAGAAAAAGAAAAAAAUGA